CUUGACUUCCUUCCUCCGAGUCUUCCCCACUUUCUUUAUAUCUUCUUUCCUCUCUCUUUUCUGUGGAGUGAACAGCAGAGAGAGAGAGAAGAGAAUGGGUAGAAACACAAUUUCUUUCUGUUCCAUUUUUCUCAUUUGGGCAUUGUUUCUUGAUUGGGGUUUGUUGCGGCGAUAUGUAGCUGCGGAUGAUGGUGGGGUGGUGAAAAGGGAAGGGUUUGAGAUUAUAAUUGGCGGUGGCUAUAGUCCACCUCCUGAGUAUGAAGAAGGCUGUCCACCUCCCCCUCCUGAGCCUGAAUGCCCCCCACCUCCACCUCCAUCUCCACCUCCACCUCCACCUCCAUCUCCACCUCCACCUCCAUCUCCACCUCCACCUCCACCUCCAUCUCCACCUCCACCUCCAUCUCCACCUCCACCUCCACCUCCAUCUCCACCUCCACCCCCUCCUCCACCCCCUCCUCCUCCUCCUCCUCCACCUCCUCCUCCUCCUCCGCCUCCGCCUCCUCCUCCUCCACCAGUCGAUCGCAAUGCGAGACUUAAAAUUGCUCUAAAAGCAAUCAGGAUAUUCCAAGCCAAAAUCACGGUAGAUCCUUUUAAUAUCGCCAAGGGAUGGAAGGGCAACAAUCCUUGCAAAUUCAAGGGCUUCGUCUGCAGUACUGUCCCGGACAAGAACCUGAACGCAGUCGCCGGAGUAGACUUCAAUGGCUUUAACUUCGGAGGCCCCAACCUCGCUCUUGACGGCUUCCUUAACGGGUUACCAGACAUAACCAUCUUCCACGCCAAUUCCAACGACUUCAACGGUCGCAUCCCCAAAAUUGACACUACAAAACUCCGAUACCUUUACGAGCUGGACUUGAGCAACAACAAGCUACAUGGUGAGUUCCCAUACGAAGUCCUCGCCGCCAAGCAGCUCACCUUCCUGGACCUCCGGUUCAACUCAUUCUCUGGCGUGGUUCCGCCGCACGUCUUCAUACUAGAUGUGGACGUUAUUUUCAUAAAUGACAACAAUUUCAUACAGCAGCUCCCGGAAAAUAUAGGGGACACGCCAGCCCUUUACCUCACUUUUGCCAAUAACAAGUUUACAGGCCCCAUCCCACGCAGCAUCGGCCGAUCCAAAAACCUUCUCGAGGUCCUUUUCCUCAACAACCAGCUGUCAGGGUGCUUGCCCUACGAGAUAGGAUAUUUGAAAGACGCCACAGUGUUUGACGUUGGUUUCAACCAGUUAACUGGCCCAAUCCCGCAUUCAUUCGGCUGCUUGGACAGCAUUCAGAUCCUUAACUUGGCCGCAAACCAGUUCUACGGGCCUGUCCCUGAAACUCUCUGCGAGCUGCCCAACCUCUACAACCUGUCUCUCUCACACAACUAUUUCACUCAGGUUGGCCCCAAAUGCCGAAAAUUGAUAACGGAGAAGAAACUGGACGUGAGGAUGAACUGCAUUUUGGGACUUCCACAGCAGAAACCAGAGCAUGCCUGUUCUCAUUUCUUCUCCCAAGUCAGGCAAUGCCCUGAUCCCAAGUCAUUUAUCAAAGUCCCUUGCGGUAGGUACCCAAGCCAUCUUCCUUCAUCCUCCAAGCCCCCCGCUCUGCGAACCUAUGGUACCCUCAUCCCACAUCGACUGUGAGCCUCUCUCUCUUCAAACAUGGCCAUAAUCCUUUAAUUCUUAUAUGUAUAUUUUUCUUUUCCUGUAAUGCUCAUAUGUAUAUUUCCCCCCUUCCAUUUCAUGCCUCAUGCCUGCAACCAAAUAAUUCCAUAUAUAUUCUGUACUGGUUUCAUUUCAGUUCUUCCCUAAGAAUGUGCCAUUGUGAUAAUAAAAUUAGUAUCCUUCUAAGCUUCUGACAAA